AUGGCGCGACUUUCCAGCUUUGUGUACAUAUUUCUCUCGCUUUGGAGCCUCGGGAACUGUCUCAACUCGGCGGGAUGGAGAUCCCAGUCCAUUUAUCAGGUCUUGACCGAUCGGUUCGCCAGGACGGACGGCUCGACUUCAGGCUGCAGCAAUCUCAGUGAUUACUGUGGCGGAACGUGGAGAGGUCUCAUCAACAAGUUGGACUACAUUCAGGGCAUGGGAUUUACUGCCGUCUGGAUCUCGCCUGUUGUGAAGAACCCUAUCGGCCUCACAUCCAAUGGAAACAGUUACCACGGUUACUGGGCCCAAGAUGCAUACGCAGUGAACCCCAAAUUUGGCACCUCCGACGACCUUAAGAGUCUUUCUGCAGCGUUGCACCAGCGAGGAAUGUACCUGAUGGUUGAUGUUGUGCCGAAUCACAUGGGAUCGCUCAGCACUAAAGCCAACAUCGACUACGGUGGACUACAUCCUUUCAACAACAAGCGUUUCUACCACGACUCGUGUUCAAUCGACUACAACAAUGCCGACAGCAUCAAAUACUGCUGGGUUUCCAACAACGACGUUGCUCCGCUUCCCGACUUGAGGACCGAGGAUCAAGAGGUCCAGCAGAUGUGGAACACCUGGAUAUCACAGCUCGUGUCCAACUACUCCAUCGAUGGACUUCGUAUUGACACAGCCCAACAAGUCAACCAAGGCUUCUGGCCUGGAUUCCAGUCCGCUGCUGGUGGUAUCCACACUCUCGGAGAGGUGUUCAAUGGCAACCCCGAUGUCAUGUGCCCUUACCAGAAUUCCCUAUACGGACUGUUGAAUUACGGCACCUAUUACUGGAUUACACAGGCUUUCCAGAGUGCUAGUGGUAGUAUCGCCAAUCUGGCCAACGGGAUCAAUCAAAUGAAGCAAACUUGCAAGGACACCACGCUCCUUGGCAGCUUCAUCGAGAACCAUGACAACCCACGCUUCCCCAGCAAGACAUCCGACCAAUCUCAGAUCAAGAACGCCAUCGCAUUUACCAUCUUACAAGAUGGCAUUCCCAUCAUAUACCAAGGUCAAGAACACAAGUUCUCCGGAACCGACACUCCAGGCAACCGUGAAGCACUCUGGACCAGCAACUACAACAAAAACAGCGACCUAUACCUGCACAUCCAGAAACUCAACAAAAUCCGCUCUUGGGCGAUCCGACAAGAUAGCAACUACGCAGGCGGUUACAAAGCCUACCCAAUCUACAGCGACGGCCAAAAUAUCAUCAUGCGAAAGGGUUUCGGCGGUAAACAGAUUGUCAGCGUAUAUACCAAUAAAGGCGCCAAUGGAUCCGGAACCCUCACCAUCCAAGCUUCUAAUUCGGGUUUCACGGCUAAUCAACAAGUCACUGAAAUUAUUACUUGCUCUGCGAAGACGGCGGAUGGGAAUGGAAAUUUGGUGGUUUCUUACUCGCAGGGGUUACCUUCGGUUCUUUAUCCUACUGCUGCUUUGGCUGGUAGUGGAAUUUGCGGCAAGUAG